UUAAUCGCAAAUAUGCUUAAUGUCACUCCACCAUUAUUUAAAAUUGAUUUCAGCCUUUAUUAAAAAUGCGCACCAGCUAUAAAAAGAAUCGUCCAUUUGAUUUCAAGCUCAUCGAUCAUGUCGAGCCUAAUACCGUGUUGUAUAAACGCCAGACCGGACUUUCGAACUAUGAUGUUAUGAAAGUUAAGACGGAGAUCUGGUCGAAAAUAGCUGAGAUAAUGGAUUGUGAUGUGGAUUUCUGCCUAAUGCGCUGGAAUAAUUUACAUUAUCAGUAUCGCAAGGAAUCAAGGCGACCUGGCGGUUCAACCUGGCCCUAUUUUAAGCGAUUACAAUUCUUAACAGAUGCGCGAUCGCGACCUAAGGCCAAGGCGAAAGUCGAGAGGCAACCAAAUGUAGAGCAGAAAGAAUCCUUUGUGGAUCAGAAUACGUGGCAGUCGUAUGAAGAUUGCGUUGUGAUGCAUGUUACCGAUAUGGAACAGCAUGAUGACAAUACCUUGAUAAUUGAGGAAAUUAUUGAGCCAAGCGAUCCAAUGCUACAAGAAGAAAUCAUUUUCGAGGAAGCCGAUGAGGUUGUGGAGCAGCAUCUGCAGCCAAGCAUAGAACCCACUGCUAAAGAAAGGACACCUCUUGCUGUGGACGCACCGCCAUCGUCAUCCACAAGCGAUUAUCUGCAAAUGAGCCGGAUUCUGGGGCAACUUAAGGGCGUACAGAAAGUGCGAGCGGAACGUCGGAUUUUGGCUUUCCUGCUCAAGUGUCAGCUUCGAGCUCUAGUAGACGAGCCCAUCAACGAUUUGGUUAUUUAAAUAUAAGGCUUAGCAUUGUAAAUAGACCUUUAAUAAACAAACUAAAAGAAAAAAUAAAACAUUUUCUAUGCAU